UGGACAGGAGCUUGCAAAGCUGAGCUGGAGGAGUGAAAAACCUCAGAGAAAUCAGAUUUACUGACUGCUGGGUUGCCACCGUUCGAGCGAGGUGGUCCUCUCACCUCUCCUGCUAUGGCUGGGGAAAUUAUUUAUGCUGACCUGGAUGUUGGUCCCGCAAAACGCUGCAGGGAACAGCAUUCACUUCCUCAGCCCGACAGAUCGGGCUGUCCCCAGCGGUACCGAACUGCUCUCUGGGCCAGCUGUCUCGGAAACCUCCUCCUCGGAGUGGCGGUGUUAGCGAUGGGACUUUGGCUUUCAGUUUUCCACCAGCAGUUGGGGAACUCAGGAAGCCACAGAAACGUGAGCGGGAACGUAGGAGAUGGCAACACCACCCUGGAGAAAGGCUGCUUGGAGCUGAGGAAAAGUCUCUGCUUGUCACAGUUGCAAGAGGGUGAGGGGUGCAAGCUCUGCCCCACGGGCUGGAUGCUGCACGGGAGCAAGUGUUACUGGGUUACCGACAUGAUCAAGUCGUGGAGCAAGAGCCAGGACGACUGCAGGAAUCGGGGGGCCGAGCUGGUGAUGCCGGGGGACCAGGAAGAGCUGGCUUUCCUAAACAAAAUCCUGCAGAAACCCAAACGCUACUUCUGGAUCGGCCUCUCCAUCCCCUCCGCCGGGAAGGGCUGGACCUGGCUGAACGGCUCCCGCCUGGACCAGAGCCGGUUCCCGUUGAGCCCCUGGGAUGAAGGCAGAAGGUGCGGGGUGCUGAGGGGGGACAGGAUCAUCUCCGAAAACUGCAGCUCGGGAUUGCAGGGGAUCUGCCAGAAAGAAGCCACCCAGCUCUGA